CCACCAUCAAUCUCACAAUUGUCCACCUUGGGACAGCCUGCCUAUCGCCUGCUGCGUACCUACCCCGCUGCUCGACCCUCGCACGCUUUCUCAAGUCGACGUUCGCUAGCACAGACAGCCUUGACGUCUCACUCAUCAGCUAUGAGGUGAUUGAGCCGAUCUCCGUUCCGCCACUCAAAAUUCGACUCCGCACUGCCUGCCCUCGCAAACCAGCGGCACCUAAUGUUCUCUUGACUUGCUCCAUCCCUACCUAAGUGUUCAUUCUGUCGUCGCCUCAUCGACUCGCCUCCAACGUCCAGCCUGUCCUCGACGAUGCGGGCUGGCGGUCAGGCAGUGGACCUGGCCGCCCUUGCGGUUCGGCAGGUCGGCAGCUCGAAUGCGACUGGCAUCGUCACCAGCAUCAAUCCUAGCGACGAUUCAGUCUUUCUCCACGUGUCCCCAGCAGAAAGUCAGGCUAUUAUCGCAGGAUUGGUGUACUUCUCAUUAUGGCUAGGAGCCCUAGGCUGGGAUGUCGUCAGCACGCUGGGCUUCGAUCUCAUGCUUGUGCGGAACACAAAUUGGAGAUCAAUACCGUCAGGUAUUCAUUCCAUCGCCUAUAUGCUCAGCAGGUACUUGAACGUAGCCUGGAUCUGCAUGGCCGUGACGACUCCCAUUGUUCGCAGCAACGAUUGCCACAUCAGAGCUAUCACUAGUGCAACCCUUUUCGCCUUGGGUCUGGCUGCUACCACGCUCGUCUUCCUCUUGCGCACGGCGGCGAUUUGGCGGCUCAAGCCCAUCGUAGUGAUCCCCCUCACCAUCUCUUGGAUCGCCGUGCUGGCACUCAGCGUCACGCUUCCGAUCAAUUUGAACGGUGUGCAGCUCGGGGGCGAGUGGUGUACGCUCGACGUGUCUCACAUCACGGCGCUCGGCGUGGUGGCAUGCGUCUUCGUCUUCGACAGCCUGUGCCUUUUCCUGACCGUGCUGCGACUCAAUCGUACCGGCUGGCGGGGAUUGCUGCGAGGGUUACUGCCCGGGAUGUGGCUAUCAUCCAGGAGGAAGCAAGAGGAAGCGUACGGCGAGCCAGAACCCUCAGAGGACUCGGUGGCAGUCAUGCUAGUGGAGCGUACCGUGGCGUUCUUUUCAAUUCAGUUCGUCAUACUCAUCAGCGCGGUUGCAGUCUACUACGCCACCGAGCAGGUCGCUUUCCGGCUGAUGCAGAUUGUUGCAUGCCAGGCCAUAAGCGCCAUCAUGGCCGGUCGUCUGUUCCGCCGCGCUUGGUUCUUGACGCGUCAGCAACAAAGGGCUAUCGCCAGGCAGAUCGCCCAGCCGAGUCCGCCAAGCUACUCUGCUCGCUACCUGGAAGACGACGUCAGCUUCAAGUUCGAUGAAGUGGCACUGGCAGCCGGUGGUGCCAUGUCUCCAUCUCUGGUCCGACCAUCCGCCGUAGAGAGCUCAUGCCUUCCACCAGGUGCAGCGAUGGGAUCAGGCAUCGGCGACGCGCCCAUCUCCAAUGUUGCGAGGCGGAAAAGCAGCAAAGCAGCUUUGACAGCCGCCGCACUCGCUGACGAAGAUCUGUACGUCGAGGGAGAGUUUCCCAAGACAGGUUCCACUCGGUCUUUGCUCCUUCCCAAAGACUCGUACACUUCUAUUGGCACCACUUCUGCAGCGCAGCGGUACGCGGCUAGGCACGUCAGAGAGAGAAGGUCGUCAGGAGAUGGGCCUGAUGAUGUGUCUAUUUUUGUGCCGAUGGAUGGCACGCUUCUCAGCGCGCAUCGUCGCCAAACACUGCCAGCGACGCUGCGGCCGUCCAGAUCAGCAAAAGUGUCACGACAGACACUUGAGGAUACUACGAAGUGGCCCGCGGGACCGAGCAACUAUGCCGGCUGGUGGAAGACUGGAGGCUCUGCGCAUGAUGAUCGGGCAGUGUCCAGCGGUCGACGGAGUACAGAUACGUCCCAGUCCAUAUACGAAGUUCCGAGACGUCCUGUCACGAGCCACUCCUCGUCUUCACGAUCAUCGACGUCUCGCAACCAGGUCGCACACACGCCUUCAGCUGCGCCCAGUAUCUUUGAAAUCACCCGACAAGUGCAGCCUUCCGUCGGCAGGGCCAGUGCUGGUCCGGAGGUGCUUCGCGAUGCACUAGCUACAAGAGAGUCGGUUGCAGUGCCGCCUCUCGCUGCGACCCCAGGUCGCCGCCGCCGACCCGCCACGGCGCCUUCGCAAAGAGACGAUCUGAACCAGAGACCGAAGCGGAGCAUUCUUUUCAUCGACUCUGCGCGAGCUCGACGCGGUAACUUUGUGCCCAACGACCACGAGUUGGCUGAAUUCCCGUUGCGUCCCCCACGCACAGAGUCAGGCAGAGACUUCGUCGCGUCGCCCUCGAUUCUGGGCGCCGCCCGAAUUCCGACGCCGAGAGACCGAUCAGCCUACGAUCUCGAUGCCCUCAAAGCUGCUGCCUCUCUCGACGAUAGGUCACGCUACGAGGAUGCUGGUCUAGGCUCGGCGCCGCCCUCUAUGAUCACUUUCGGCGCAUCGCCCGAGAGCACUACUAGGCGAAGCGUUGCAACGUUCGCAGAUGGGCCGGCUUUCGUACGGGAUGUUCCGGCAGUCUCGUCAAAUCCAAAUGAGCGGCGACGCGAGCGACCUGCUCUGUCUGGAGUUGAAGCAGGAACGGCGACGACGACGCCGGCGCCGGCGCCGCCGACUUCCACUGAAGUGCACGAUGCGCUAUUUGCCUUCAGACAGACUAUUGACGACGAUGCAGCUGAGCUCUCCCGCGAAAUCUCCAGACCCCAUACCAGAGAGGAGAGCAAGCAACGCACUCAGAGCAGCGCGGAAACGGAUGAUGAUCGUCCUCGAACCUCGCGAGGAGGACCGCUCUCGGGUUUCGGCCAACCGCGCAUUGGCACAGCUGAUUCCACUGCGAGUCGGAACGACGGUAGGCCAACAACAAGUCAUGGCCGACCAGACGAAAUGCCGCGGCCUUUGACGGGACAUGGCAAGCACGGCUCAAGCACUGGCGGGCGCUUCCAGCGCAUCCCGCUCGAGUCGCAGUCUAGCAGCGAUCUUCGAGGUCAGGCUCAGGACGUCGCCACCAGAUCCGCGCUCUCCGACGAGCCAGAACAGCAGAAGUCGGCCAUUGCCGAGCAAUUCGAGCGCUUGGCAGCGGCCGCAGCACGUCCCUCUGCUGACUUCGAGGCAUUGCCUUCGAGCGGAAGUGGGGAGCACGAGGCACGGAGCGCUGUGCAAAAAUUGAGCGGUCUGAGGCCGAAGCUGGAUCGCGUAUCCAGCGACAACGUCAUAGAAAGUCUGGACUCCUAGAGCUGCUCUGCCCUUCAGAUGGUAGCUACAUCAGAUGUGAAUGGCACUUCUGUACCUAUACCCAGCGAUCGUACGCUUGGCGACCCCGCAUCAACCACUCACUCUUUUUGAGCGUCCACAACGUUCUUCCUCACUUGGCCUGUGUCACUGCAGUUGCUUCUCGACUCAUGAU